GUCGCUGGCGGCAGACAAAGACGAAAACUCGAGACUCCGAAGGCUGCUAGAUAUUUUUUUUUUAAAUAAACAAAAAAAGUGGAAAUAAAGGUGUUGCAUUGAAAAGAAAAACUGUUAACAUUUGUGGUUCAUAGCUUGCAAAUAGAUUUGGCAGGCUGCCAAAAACAAGGCACAAAAUUUGCACAAGUGAAACUAGUUUGAAAAGCGGCUCACACACACACACACACACACACACACCCUCUACACUCAACUCAAACUCGAACUGGACUCGACGCUUCGCGAUCCCAAAAACGAAACAAUUCAAAAAGAAAGACGCUUGGCCAACUAGUUAGCCAGCGUGCGGGCCGGGCUAUGAAUCAUAGCCAAGCGUGCGGCCAGCCAACAACUUCAGCAGAGCCCAUCUCAGCGCCUGUGCGCGCUAUGUAAGCCAAACAAAGACAAAAUCGUAACAAGAAGCGGACAAGUUAAGGCACGCAGUAAGGAGUAUUUGAGAGUACGUUCCAUGUCUGGCCGGGAAAUGCGUCCACUCUCGCUCUCCAUUGGCGCCUCGCUGCUGCCCAGCUUCUCGCUGGCCACCGCCGCCUCGAAUAAUGCCCGGGGCGGCGACAGCGGCAAUUCUGGCCGGGAUUGCUAUGGCAAACUGUGUCAUCCCGUGGAUGAGUACUGUUCCAUGUUCGCCGAGAGCUGUAUGCCCUGCGCGAGCAUCUGUGACGACAGCUCGCACAACUAUCAUGCGGACACCUGCAUCAAGGAAUGCUCAGCCUACACCAGCUAUGAGCCUCUCAAGGCCGACAUACACAACAUCCAGAGCAAUCAGCAGAUAAUGAUGCUGCUGCUGAGCAUUAUCUGUAUACUGAUUGCCCUACGUUAUGCGAUGAAGUUACUCAGCUGGUGCCGGCACAGCAACUGCGUGCAGCGCUUGAAGAGCCGGCUGCUGCCCAAGCCGCAGCAGAGCAAUGCCAAUGGCAAGGAUCUCAAUGCCACGACGAUGCAGAAUCCGAAUGCCUUUUACCGUGACAUUGAGCGGGCACCUUCGCAGAUUAACAGUGUGGCAGCAGGCGCUGCCGAGGGCUCCGUGCUGACCACGGCGACGCCGUUGAGCACACGCUAUCCGGCAGAGAAUAGCACGACACCAACAACGGUGGUAACUGAAAUCGGGUAUGUUUAUGAUAAUCAGGCAAUGGUUGUCACGCCCGUUAACGAGAAGCCCGGACCGACCGCCAUGGCUGCCUUUUAAUGAAUUUCUCAUCCGGAAAUGUCAUCUCAAACCUUACGAGCAACAAUGUGCAUCAGAUUGAAACUAGUGAUAUUUUGUAUAUUUUGAAAAACAUGUUUUCCAUUGAUAUUGAGGAACGCUGAAAUACAUUACUUUAAGAAUAUUA